CUUUAACACCUUUGGUUGUAAAUCCGUGAGAGGAUCUUGAAUACCUCGCAUCUACGGCCUAUUUUGUUUUUCAUUGCUCGCCAACUUUUCGUAUUCAGGCUCACAAAGUCCAUCAAUAAUGGGGAGCAAACCUGGAAAUUCGCCACUACCAUCCCAAGCCCCGAACGCACCUCGCAGGUCCGCUAGAAAACGUGUCUAUGACAAGACCCAACACGAUAGCUAUGACGCUACUUUUUCCACCGUCCGGUCCCGCCGAAGGAUGCAAGUUCAAACGGCUAUUACAAGCGGCGAUGCGCCAGUUAUCGACCUGACAGGUCAAGCCGACCCCCCUACGGCCCAAGCUCCUCCGCGUAAACGGAGGAAGAGAGCGGAUUCCCCUUCUGUUGAGAAAGAGGAACGCAGACGACGCGUAUUCCGAAAGCGUCCACCUCAGUCCUAUUUACAGAAGUUGGACAGAGCAAGGACGCAAAGGCUUUUUGUUGUUGACCGCAAGAGGGAUGACACGGAAGAUGUGCCAAUGGAGAAGGUGCAGAUUGUCGGGACUACCGGGAAUUUAUAUGAGGUCGUGAUUGGGCUUGUUCCUCAGUGUACUUGUCCUGAUUCACAAAAGGGAAAUCAAUGCAAGCAUAUCAUUUAUGUCCUCCACAAUGUGCUCAAAGUAACUGGGCAUCUUGAGUACCAGUUGGCCUUCCUGUCGUCCGAACUUCGUGAGAUUUUCGCGAACGCUCCGAUAAACACCCAUGACGAUGCGACGAAGGAAAAUGAGUCUGGGAAAAGAAGGCCCAUCGAGGGCGACUGCCCAAUAUGUUUUAUGGAAUUUGAGCCUGAGACAGAGGAAAUCGUCUGGUGUAAAGCUGCCUGCGGAAAUAAUAUUCACAAAGCUUGUUUCGGGCGGUGGGCGGCAACCCAGCAAAGUAAUGGAGUCCGUUGCGUUAUUUGUCGCUCCGCGUGGGAAGUAGAUGCUCCUAUGCAACAGCUUUUAGCCAACGGCAUAGUUAAUGACGAGGGGUAUGUAAAUGUUGCUGACCAGUUUGGAUUGUCUGGUGAACGAGACCAUUCGACCUAUCACCAGCCAUGGUCUCGUGGACGGUACUCUCGGUACUACCGUUAACUGAACGACAGAUCUAAGCCGAUAUAUUCUACCAACCCCUAAUAACGAAAAUAUGUCAAUACUUUUAUCUUCGGACAUAUUGCCGGGAAUAUGUUGAGCUUAAUCCAGUCAACUCAGACCUUGACUUUCUCUUUCCCGUAUCAUAAAGCAAUUCCCGUGCCAAGGAUG